GGCCUCUGUCCCCGCGGCGCCGCGGCCCCGGCCCCCUGCCCGCCGGGCCAUGCCGCCGCCCGCGCCGCCCACCGAGCUGGUGCCGUCGGAGCGCGCCGUGGUGCUGCUGUCGUGCGCGCUCUCCGCGCUCGGCUCGGGCCUGCUGGUGGCCACGCACGCCCUGUGGCCCGACCUGCGCAGCCGGGCACGGCGCCUGCUGCUCUUCCUGUCGCUGGCCGACCUGCUCUCGGCCGCCUCCUACUUCUACGGGGUGCUGCAGGACUUCGCGGGCCCCUCGUGGGACUGCGUGCUGCAGGGCGCGCUCUCCACCUUCGCCAACACCAGCUCCUUCUUCUGGACCGUGGCCAUCGCCCUCUACCUGUACCUGAGCAUCGUCCGCGCGGCGCGCGAGCCUCGGACCGGCCGCCUGCUCUGGGCCUUCCACGUGGUCAGCUGGGGGGUCCCACUGGCCAUCACCGUGGCAGCUGUCGCUCUGAAGAAGAUCGGCUAUGAUGCCUCGGACGUGUCGGUCGGCUGGUGCUGGAUCGACCUGGACGCAGAGGACCGCGUCCUGUGGAUGUUGCUGACCGGGAAGCUGUGGGAGAUGCUGGCCUACGUCACGCUGCCCGUGCUUUACCUCCUCAUCAGGAAGCACAUAAACAGGGCGCACGAGGCGCUCUCGGAGUACCGGCCCAUCCUCUCCGAGGAGCACAGGCUUCGGCGCCACGCCUCGGCGGCCGACAAGAAGCUGGUCCUCAUUCCGCUCAUCUUCAUUUGCCUCCGGGUCUGGAGCACCGUGCGAUUCGUCCUGACCCUCUGUGGCUCCCCGGCGGUGCAGUCGCCAGUGCUGGUCGUCCUGCACGGGAUCGGGAACACAUUUCAGGGCGGUGCCAACUGCAUCAUGUUCGUCCUCUGCACCCACGCCGUCCGAACCCGGCUCUUCUCUGUCUGCUGCCGCUGCUGUCCUUCCCAGCCUUCCGCCCAGAGCCCGGCUGGCCCUCCCAAGCCUCCUGCGCCCUCCAAGACCGGCGAAUCUCAGGGAUCCAGACACACCCCAGAUGAACUUCCAGUCACCUGAGCUGUUCCCUGCCCGCUUCCGUGCACAGGUGCUGCCUACCUGGGGACAGGUGGUUCCGGGAGUCCCCGCUGCAGGGCGUGCGGCCGGAUGGCUGCAGAACUAUUAACCUUCUGCUUUUCGAGCUCUUGACGCCCGGUGGGGAGGGCAGCCAGCAAACUCAUCUUCUACCUCCUAGAGCCUCCGGGGGCUCAUCCCCACUCACGCCCGCCCGCCCGCGUCCUGCUGCGCUCGCUCGGAGGGGUACCCGUCUGCAGGAGGGUCGGCCGUGAGAUUCAGGGCAGCCGGUGGCACGAGGUCACUUUUAGGUCGCCCCGCGGUCCAGCGGUCAUCGGCCCCGGGACCGCGCACAGCACUGUUUACAGUUCGAGGGGCCCACGCCUGUGGGGAGGAGAGCACAGUGAGAUGUGGAUACCGUGCACUCAUCCUAAAUAAAAUGGCAGGGGGUGGCCGAGAUGCGUCCCCCACUUAGAUGUCGUGAAGCGGAUUUUUGGUUUGUCGGGGGGCACUGAGAUUUCCGGGAGAGCCCAGCUGUUUUUCGCAGAGAGCUUUGCUCGUCAGUGAAAGAGCCAGUUCCCUUUAAGCUGGUCGAAGGUUUCCCCGGGAGGUUUCCCGGUGAUCACGUGAGCCCAACACAACGCCGCCGGGCGGCCGGUCUCCCUGGGGACCCCCAGAACCUCUGUAUGUAUGGGUUGCCAACCCUUGAUGCAGAGUGUGUCUGAAUUUCAAGCACAGGCCGGAACCCAGACCCUCCCUUCACCGGUCACUUAAAAUACAGGUUCCCUCGUCCAACGCAAGAGCUAGGACGGGGACAGGAAGAGGCCGUUGCAGAGAAUCCCCGUGGAUGCCCACUGCCCCUCCUCCGGUCUGCCCUUGUGAACACUGAGACGGGGAGGGAGCCAGUUUAUUCGCUCCCUGCUUUAGUUUUUUAUAGGAAAGGUGACCAGGGAGUCCGUGAAUGAUCCAAGCACGGACUCCAACGUGAAGGGGACGGUUUGGGGCGUUGGUUGCGGGAAGUGACACGUGCAUCACGGGAAUGACGAUUUACAUUUAAGAGAAAAGGAUUUCAAAUGAGCGUCUGUGUCUCUCUCUAUAUUCACGGCUCUUCCAGGAACAAUUUCCUCGUGUUUCAGGAAACAGUUCCUCUGUUAAGUCACAGAAAUCACUGGCGAAGGUGGCGGGUGACAGCAUCACUGCAGGAGGCUUGCGGAGGGAAAGUGCCACUUUACCCCACACCUGUCCCUCCCCUGGGCCCCGUCAGAACUCGGCAAAACCGAAACGAUCUUCUGAACCUGGAAAACGGUUCUGGAUUAACGCCAAAGCCUCAUCAUACUGUUGGUUCCCUUUUUUUUUUUUAAGUUUAUUUAUUUUGAGAGAGAGAGAGAGUGCGUGGGAGGGGCAGAGAGAGAGGGAGAGAGCCUGACAUGGGGCUUGAACUCACGGACCGUGAGAUCAUAACCCGAGCCGAAAUCAAGAGUUGGACGACUCAGCCACCCAGGUGCCCUGUUGAAUCCUAGUUUCUUCUUAAAAGCAAAAUCCGUCACAGGAAGACAAUGGGAAAGGAAGGGUCGUCAACAGAACUAGGUCCAAAACGCUUUUUUUUUUGGUUUCCUUUUUUUUUUUUUUAAAGAAAAAGUUUUCUUUAUGAAAAUCAGCAAGAGGCAGUCAUCCCCUUAGGGACUAGAAGCCCCGGGCUGCCCUACAGAAAGCUACUUGUCAGGGGCGCGGUCUCCUUACAGAAGCGGCCAGUGUAAGAGGAAUCCGGGGUUAAGGACGAUACAGCAGGUCCUGGGCACAUGGCUCGUAAAGACCUUCACAUUAGCUUCUAGAAUGGAGCAGACGUUUAGGAAGCUGCUUCCUGCAAAAAAGAAAACAGUUCCCAGCUGAGUUAGCAUGUGGGGCACGUGGAUGAUGUGAGACUAAAACCUCGGAAGGGGGCCCAGAGUCCCGGGCUUAGACGGCAGGGCUGGCUGUCCGCCGCCCGGUGUGACUUCCACGGCACUGGCGAGACCUGGGUGUCCCCAGGCAGGCCGCGGUCAGGAGAGGCCCGCAGAGGGAGUAGGGGCGCAGGAGACUCUCUGGGUGCCUGGGGCUGCCUCAAGUUCUCAUUCCGCUUGUCUGAUGCCGCUGCCGUGCCGUCUGCUUUUGCAAAACCCACCCACGGGUUACCCCUGGCUAUUUCCGCUCCAGCUUCCUCCACUGCCCGCCCCGUCUCUGCAGCAGGUGGAUGUGUUACUGUAAGUGGUGGAGACCGCGUGGGCAGGGGACAGGCUUGUCCCAGGGGCCAGGUCAGGGGGUGACGGGAUUCGGAACUGGAUGGUGGUGGCGAUGAGGUCGAGUCUUAGGACUGUGGGAGGGGCUCCUGCUUCCGAUCGAGCAAGAGAGGCUUCGUUCGUCUUCCGCUUCGCUCAGGCCCCAGUGGGUUUCUUUCUCUCCCAUCAGCCUUGCUCGUGUCUGUCCACCUACAACCCCCCGUCACGGAUGUGUAACAGCCUGGACAGGUGCUGCGGCCCCCUCGGCGGCUCCUGGGCCGGAGCCCUCUCUUCUCAGGCACUUUCUGAACCUUGGUCUUUGAAUCGGGUUCGCCAGGCACUGUUUGUUUUGUCAUUUAAUAAAGAGUAGGAUUUGGUCCUGGGCUGAGGGUGCGAACAGCUCACUGUGUGCCCGACAGGAAGAAACAUUUUAUACAGACAUCCUGUCCUGGCACAAUGAGCGAGCGGUCUUUUGGUGGGUGCAAAACUGUAAUGAAACCCUGGGCAUCUUGGGUCGAAGCCACAGUCUUGCUGUUUUCAAUGAAAUAAAGCAGCUAUUUUUCUUU